AGAUAAGUGGGACCCAGAUUAAACGAAAUCGUUGCCAACCUCACAAUCCCAUGCUCUGUACAAAACACCAUCCAAUCGAAAUCAAAACAACAACAGAAGAUCAAUAACAAGUUGAAAAAGGGAGAAAAAAGAGCUGGAAGGAAACAAUUGAAGAACUAAAUCAGAGAUGGGCUUAACAUCACUAAUAUCACCUUCCCAACACAUAUAUUCAAGUUCUCGCUCAAUCUCUCAACUGUCUCCUCUCCAACUAUGCUUCUUCGGCUCCAAAGCCUUCCUCUCUUGCCCCACCAGCAGCAGACUUGGCAGCAAGAGGAGGCCGGCGCCCCUCGGCCUCGGCGUCCGAUGCAUGGCGGUGGCAGCGGAGGCCGAGACCAACAAGAGGAGUGGCUUCCAGAUUCAGACGCUGACAGGCUGGCUGCUGAAGCAGGAACAAGCGGGUGUAAUUGAUGCCGAGCUUACCAUUGUGAUAUCAAGCAUUUCCAUGGCUUGCAAGCAGAUUGCGGCUCUUGUGCAGAGAGCAAGUAUCUCCAACUUGACUGGAGUUCAAGGUGCUGUCAAUGUCCAAGGAGAAGACCAGAAGAAACUUGAUGUUGUCUCUAAUGAGGUGUUCUCCAAUUGCCUGAGAUCAAGUGGAAGAACAGGGAUUAUAGCAUCUGAGGAGGAGGACGUACCAGUGGCUGUUGAGGAGAGUUACUCAGGCAACUACAUAGUUGUGUUUGACCCGCUUGAUGGUUCAUCCAACAUUGACGCUGCAGUUUCAACUGGAUCAAUCUUUGGAAUAUACAGCCCUAAUGAUGAGUGUCUCGCUGACAUUGGCGACGAUGCAACACUUGACACAACAGUACAAAGGUGUGUCGUGAACGUGUGCCAGCCGGGAAGCAACCUGCUCGCCGCGGGCUACUGCAUGUACUCGAGCUCGGUGAUCUUCGUCCUCACAAUCGGGAAAGGAGUUUUUGCCUUUGCAUUGGACCCGAUGUACGGCGAAUUCGUCUUGACACAGGAAAACGUCCAGAUUCCAAAGGCGGGAAAGAUUUACGCAUUCAAUGAAGGGAACUACCAGCUCUGGGAUGACAAGCUGAAGAAGUACAUUGAUGAUCUCAAGGACCCUGGCCCCAGUGGAAAGCCCUACUCGGCCAGAUACAUAGGAAGUUUGGUUGGGGACUUUCAUCGAACACUUUUGUAUGGCGGGAUUUACGGGUACCCGAGAGACAAAAAGAGCAAGAAUGGAAAGCUCAGGCUCUUGUAUGAGUGUGCUCCAAUGAGCUUUAUAGUGGAACAGGCCGGUGGGAAAGGAUCAGAUGGGUACCAGAGAAUACUCGACAUUCAACCAGCUGAAAUCCAUCAGCGAGUUCCGCUUUACAUUGGAAGCCAGGAAGAAGUGGAGAAACUGGAGAAGUAUUUAGCUUGAUUUGAAAGUGAUAAGAUGCAAAGAGAAAGAAUAGUAGUUUUGUUGAUAUUGUAUUGAAAUUUUUGCACUGAAUUAGAAUAAAACAAGUCUACUUCUUACCUGUA